UUUGACUCACUCGAGCGGUUUGCGUUUCGUUUAUUAUCGGUGUGAUGAUAAAUCGGGAAGUGUGUAUGACAGAAAGAGAGCGUCAUUUUUUUGAUUGACAGGAGGUGAUCAGGAUGCGCGGCAGCGCGUACGUGCCCGUGUCCGCUGCUGUCGCGCUGCUCGUAUCGUCAUCAACACUCUUCUUCACCUUCACGUGUCCCUGGCUCGCUCAACACGUGUCUCUCUCUCUCCCGUCAUGUGUGGGAAUCCUCUUCCUCUUUGUUAUGGCGAACUUCACCAUGGCAACGUUGAUGGAUGCUGGUGUGUUCCCGAGGGCCAAUGAAGAUGAAGAUAAGGACGAUGAUUUCCGCGCUCCGCUCUAUAAGAACGUGGAGGUGAGGGGUGUUCAGGUGCGCAUGAAGUGGUGCUCCUCAUGUCACUUCUACAGACCACCCAGAUGCUCCCACUGCAGCGUCUGUGACCACUGUGUGGAGGACUUUGAUCAUCACUGUCCGUGGGUGAACAACUGCAUCGGCAGACGCAACUAUCGUUUCUUCCUGCUCUUCCUGCUGUCUCUCAGUCUUCAUGUGCUGGGGGUUUUCUCUGGUGGUCUCCUGUAUGUUCUGGAUCAUCGGGAGAAUUUGUGGCAGCUGCACGCUGCUGUAACACUGGCGGUGGUGAGCGUGUCGGCUUUAUUCUUCAUUCCUGUGGCGGGUCUGACGUGUUUUCACCUGGUGCUGGUGGCCAGAGGUCGCACGACCAGCGAACAGGUGACUGGAAAGUUCCACGGUGGCGUCAAUCCGUUUACACGCGGCUGCUUCGGCAACGUGCAGUUUGUUCUCUUCACACCCAUCACUCCCAGAUAUGCUGGAAAACUUCGGGAUACAUUUCCGCUUCACAUACAGCCGCCUUUACCACCACCAGAGUCCCAUGACCAGAGCCCUGACAACAGCGUCCAGAGAGAAAUACUGACAUCUUUAGAAGGAGUUCCAGAUGUUCCAGACAUCAGUCCGCCUCCUCUGCCUCGUAAACCCGAUCCGGUUCUGCUGAAGAAUCAUUUGGCUGCUCUCAAAGAGCGUUUGCUCCUGUCCAGGGCUGUGAUGCCUUCGGGACACCCAACAAAUGCCCAUCAAACCUCAGACUCGCCCGGCGCGCCUGCGUUCUGUCAGAUUCCCAGAGAUCAGAUCGUGAAGAGAGAUGAAGAACUGAAGCCGCUGGUGACUGAAGAACAUGAAGAGCAUCAGAUCAUCUCAGCUCAGCGUCUGCAGUCAAACACACGCCUGAUAAACUCUCUGAACACGCCGUGCUCGCUGAGUCUGAAACGCGACAGCCGUCAUGAAGCCAGAGUUCAGAUGUGCAGCCAGCGGACAGAAGCGCUCAAUCUCGGCAGUCGAGUCAGUAGUCUGUCGUACGACAGUCUGCUCCGUCCGGCUGAUGUCAUCCAGCGAGGUCUGAUGUCUCCUCAGGAUGGGAAUCUGUCCAGAGGUGUGGUUGGCAUGCGGCGGAGUCCAGUGUUUAUGGGCGUUCAUCGUGAACCGUCGCCCGUUCGCUUCGACAGCCUCCCCAAACCGACCAUGAGCUCCAUCCAGGAGCGCGAUGAGAAAACCAUCUACGACACUCCCAGCAGACGCAGCGCGCAGACGGAUUUCCCAGGGUCGUGUCGCGGUCCCACCCCUCCGGCCUACGGCUCACGGGAGUUUCUCCUGAGCAGCGCCGCGUACGGUUACGGAAGCAGGUCACAUCUCUCUUCAUCAUGCUCGCUCGGCCACCGGACCGCCGUCUCGCCGCUGCACUUCAGUCGAUCUCUCUCACCGUCACUCUAUCACUCACUGGAGCGUCAGUCACAUCUCCACACUUCCACAGCUGCGCUUCCACACACAAGCGCAGCUUGUGUGCGGACCACACACAACUUUACCAUUCAUCACUACCUCCGAGAUGAGAGACGGUCAAGAGACGAACACUGAGUCCUGAGAGAGAGAGAGAGAGAGAGAGAGAGAGAGAGUGUGUGUUUAGAGACCAGUGUACAUGUAACUCGUGACAUCCAGUCGAUCUUCAGAUGUUGGAAACCUGUAAAGAUGACGUAAUUCCCUUUAUUGAUUCUUUCUCUAUUUGUAUGUAGAUAUUUUUUUGUUUUCAAAAGAAUGUAUUCAGGGCAUUUACUGUAUUUUUUGAUCUAAGAUAUGUGGUAUAUGGGUAGUUGACAAAUGUAAAUGUGUCCUGUGGCGUGACAGGAAAAAAAAACUAAAAGUGAAGGUAAAUCUCUCUAAUGCUAUUUUGUAUAAUAAUAUUAAAGGCGGGGUAACCGAUUUCUGAAUUACGCUUUAGACAACUGAGUCGGGCCGAGUACCAAAACAACCUUGUAGCCAAUCACACAGUGCACAGGACGGACAUUAGCCGAGCGCUGACCAAAGCGACAGAUGGGGGUACGGGUGUGUUUGUUUUGGUGAUUUGAACAUCAACAACAGCUAAGAGAAAUCGGACACCCCGCCUUAAAUGAUAAAAUAAUAUAUUAUGAACAUUUUUUUUUUUUUUGCUGUGACAUCGUAGGACACAUAUACAGUUAUAUUUGUCAUUCAUCUCCGUCCGCCCAUAUUUCAAUGAUAUUUACCUGUCUAGUGCUACUGUGGUUUAUGAGUAGUUAUUAGUUAAUCAAGUCAACUGGGUUGUGAAAUCUGUGUAUGGUGUUGAUGUUAAACUGGUUCUGGUGAAUAACACUUCUAACUCAUAGAAGACCUUGAGUAGAAGAACGGUUUGUUAGGAGGUUUUAUUUGGAAGAAUCUUUCGUUCAGUGUGAAGAUGGAACGGGUUCUUCAGACGGAGAUCCCAGUAUCGUAAGGAAGAGCCGUGAAUCUCUCUCUCACACAGAGAAAUUAUGUUAUUUCUUAACCUGAGAGACGCCGGUGGUGGUGAUGGGAUUACGUCUGUGCUGAUGAGUGUGGAUGCUGGUGGAUUUGGAGCGCUCUCAUGUGUCGUCCUCUGCGGUUGCUGUUGAAUUAGCGGUAAUGAGGAUGUUUACUGAAUGAGAUCUGCUGGGCUGUGAGGAG